AUGACGGGCUCCGCCGUCGAGUCGCGCCCGACGAGCAGCGUCAGUUCGCCGCGCCAAGUGCGAUCACAGAGUAUCUCUAGCGACAGGCCUUCGAUCGCAAGCCAUACUUUCUUCGCACCUCCGCUCUCUGUAUCGCCAGAGGCCGCCUUCAUUGCUUCGACUGCAGCUUCCCAAAUUGUCACCAACGAUCACGAUGGUCACGAAGCCACCUGGUACGACCAAAACGGUAUCGAGCCGUCUGGAGAACCCGCUCAGAUAUCCCCUGCCGCCCUGCAGCUAGUCAACAGUUUCCUCGACCAGCUGCUAUUAAACUUUCUACAAGUUGCCAGAUCUACCUCACUUUCCGCAUUGCGACCGGCUGUCUCCGAUGUGCUCAAGCCCAAGCUGGCUAAAGAAACUAUAAGCAAUGCCGACGAGGAGCUUAGAGAGUAUCUUGGAGGCUCUGAAGAAGAAGAGUAUGCCGACCCUCAAAGCCCGAAUACGCGGGAUUGGGACGUUGAAUUGGCUUGGAAGCGGGCCAGGUUGAGGUGUAUGGUCUACUCGUCUCUGGGAGAUUUGGAGGAGGAAGACGAAGACAAGUACAUGACGCAAGAAAACCUCGAGAUUGGCGAGAAUGAGAAAACUUCUGACAUCAUCUCGCCCGCCGUGGCCAUCUUCCUGACUUCAGUCUUGGAAUACAUGGGUGAGCUCACACUUACUGUUGCUGGACAAGCAGCCAGCCAAAGAAUACGCUCCAAGAUUGAGAAGGAGCUCAAAGAUGGAACGCGCAGCCCUGCUGCUGUUUCUGAAAGAAUUGUAGUGGAGGAUGUCGACAUGGAACGAGUUGCGCUUGAUCGAACUCUAGGUCGCCUAUGGCGAGGAUGGAAAAAGAGGAUGCGCUCACCGCCAGGCGAAUUCGCAACCGCCCGGUCUCUCUCCAUUAGCCACAUGAAGGCAGAUAGUCCAGCCGCUGUGGUUCAGGAUAAGAAGAGCCCUGCUAUUGAGAAUGACAAUGGUUCUGACGAGGCGCAAGAUCGCCCCGAAAACGAAAACGCCGUUGCAGAGGAAGUCCACCCCAUGAACAUUCCGCUACCUAUGGGGGACAAUGACGUUGCUGAAAUCGAGGUGCCGGGUUUGGCCCACCACAGUGACGACGAGGAUGAGGAGGAGGAAGAAAAGGUCGAUGUUGACGCACGCCGCGUCAAGUCAUUCGCCGGGACAGCUUCCUUGAUAGGCGAUUCUCUGGCCACGGAGUCAGGGCACUACGCCACCCUGCUUGGACUUCACAGGAGAUCUACCUCACUGCCAACUUCUAGAAGGUCGGUCUUUUAUGCAACGGCACGACCAAGCUCGAAAUCGGCAGAGGCAGAGCAGGACGCCCUUGAAUCGAAGGAGCACAAAGCGACACCCGAAGACAAGGAGGGCUCUCUCAAGAAGAACCGCGACUCAGACGAAAGUGGAUCGGAUGAAUUCGACGAGAUUGUUUAUGAAAAGGCCGAGAUACUGACAUCGUCCAGAGUGUCAGUCUCUAGCACUUCUUCUCGAUCCGCCUCGGAUAGACCCAUCCAUCUGAGCCGGUCUUCCAGUGUUCACUCUGCGCGCCUCAUUGACGUCCCGCCCCGUAGUCCCGCCACUACUCGGCCACCGUCUCUGGAAUCGACGGAGCGGCCGCGCGCAAGCACCGUUUCUGGCACAAGCCCUCUGUCACGCUCGGGAGGCGCCGACGAGCUGCGAAAAGCCAAGGCAAUCGACACCAGUUCGCGGACGGGAGUGCCUCUAUCAGCGGCUAGGUCUCCAGUCGAGAGGAUGAGGCCACCAAUUCCAAACGCUGCCACCAUCUCCGAAUCCGAGGAAGACACCGACCAAGUGAACCCUAUUGUCAAGCCUGUAACAGCGUCUCGGACUCGAGAGCAACUGGAUCGUCUCCCACACGGCCUGCAGACAAACGUUGGCUCUACUUCCCCAAGCGAGCACGCUCGCCAAAGAUCGUUCUCGUUGAAAGCCACCAAAAGCGCUGCCGAUGCACAGUUUUCAGAUGUUCCUCACAGAGCCGGAGCGCAUCCCAAUCGGCAGAUUCCGUUGUCCGCAGUCGACCUACCAGUGCCGGAGGAGAGGGAGGAAGCAGCGCUGCAUUCCAUCGCUCCUCCUCGUCAGAUCCACACGUCUGGCUCGUCUGCCUCUUCGAGUACUGCCAGCCGAUUCAGGGCGGUCAGAACCACUUCGGACGACUCAUCAAACCGCGCCGAAAGCAUGGCGCGCAACUUCGAGGAGCUCAUCCAAAGCAACCAAACCAUCACAUACACGUUGACGCCGGAGAAUAUGCGUGACAUUGACGUCAAAACACCUCAUGACAGCCCGGUUGUUACCAAGGUCACUCGUAAGAGCGAGGAUUUAAUGCGGUCUUCACCGGUUGUCUCGAGUCCAUCGCCAUCCAUCCCAAGAGUACAGCCCUCCAGUCCUCGGGCUCCUGAGCAUAAACCUAAGCUUUCUGGACCGAUUCCUCGUGCCCCUGCAGGAACCGCUGCUAUGUCUGGCCGAAUGGGCGGAGCUCAGGCUCGUGAUGCUCGCGCACCUGGCGAGUCACUUGCAGACUUUGCCGACUUUAUCAAGUCUACAGGCCCAGCGGGUGACAGAGGCCCAGCCGCUCUGCGCAAUAUUCGCGUUCCUGCCAGCCCGACUGCAAGCAUCCCAGAGCCCAAGCAAUCUACUUCUACUGUCAAUAGUCGCAGCAGCAUUCGAAAUCGCUACCAACCUCGAGAGGCUGCUGCUAGCAGCAGAAACGAUAACUCGGAUUUGAUCGACUUUAUACGACAAGGGCCACCCAUUCCAGGUAGCCAAAAUCACAUUCCUCGGCAUGUGGCACCUUUCCGCAACACGAUGGACGUAGACAUGAUGUCAGGCGCUGUGGGCGGCCGAGCCGUUGAUGCCGUUCUUCCCGACAUGCGUCAUAGCCAGGCAUCUACAAGCGUGACGGAUAAUUCGAUGCCAUCGAUACAGUCCUCCGUCAACUCCAGCUCCGCGCUUCUCAAGAACAGGGGCAUGCCAAAGGCGAAUAAACUCUUCGGUGAAGAAGACGACGACGACAUGGGUAUGCCUAUGCCUGUGAGAAAAACUCGCCGCGUUCGCGACCCAUACGCAAUCGACUUCAGCGACGAAGAAGAGGAUGAUGAUUUUGACAUCGCCCCCAGGCCUCCUCCUAAGAAGGAAGAGAGCCUCGCGGAAUUCCUGCUCAACUACGACCCCCCGCCGGAGCCCCCAUCUCCACCCAUGAAGAUGCCAAAGAAGAAGACCAGCACACCUGGUCUUAUUGGCCGGUUUACUCGCAGUGGCUCCAAGGAAGUCAAUACUUUCAACGAAGGUCGGGCACCCAGCAGUCGAGCCAGUGCCUUGGGAUUUGGUGGUGAAUCGCGUUCGAUGAACGGUCGAAGCAAGCACACUCCGAUCCAGAUGCCAGCGGGCUAUGAUGCGUAUGGGCCGACCAACGUCAAUCCUCCUCCUGUGAGCAUGAACAAUAUCAACAGGGCCCCCAUGAAGAGAUAUGAGACACGGGAGCCUGUCUCCUAUGGACAGACCGCGGACCUGGCGAGAUUUCUGCGCGAUUCAGAACCACCGCCGGAGAUUGUUCCCACUCAAGUCUCAGUCCCUCAGGACGAGCCCAGUGGAUUCGCCAGAAUGUUUGGGCGAAGGAGAAAGGCAUCCGUUGUUUAG